AUGCAGGGGCGAACGCUUAAGUCGGAUUUGCUUAUUUCAGGUCCAAAAGUAUAUUCUGACGCAGCUUUCAGAAGUAUGAAAAUUCCAGGUUUAUUGCAAGGAGAUGUUGCUACAGGAGUGGGCGUCUAUAUUUCUUUGCCACUUAAUCAGCUAGAAAUCAAUGUGCAAAUUCAAGCUUCAGCUCCUCCUACUUCUACUCCUCUGCAUGCAGAAGCUUUAGCUCUUUCUUUUGCUGCUAAAGUGGCUCAAAAGCUCAAUAUUAUUCAGCCAGCCUUUCUUAUGGAUUGUUUAUCUUUAGCGCUGGUCGCUGCUUCUCGUAAGAUACAAGAAUCUACCACCCCUUGGAGCAUUAGGAAGUCUUUGGCUAAUUUCUUCAAGUGUACUACUAAUUUGCAUCCACGUGUGUUUCACAUCUCUAGGGAAGUUAAUGGAAUAGCUCAUAAUCUUGCGCAACAGGUCUUUCGUUCGAAUGAUGAAUCUCAAAUCUGUUGUUUUGCUUCUGCUCAUAGGCAUACCUCCUGUCCUGUGGUGUCUCUUCUUUCUAAUUUUAAGGUGCAGAAAUUUAGGAUCCAUGCUGUACAUUGCUACUAA